AUGGACAAACUGUUGUCGACAGCGGAUAUCCCUUCACGGUUCCUUAAAAGUGCGUUUCUCAUCGGCCAUGUCCCACUAAAGGCGUUAUCGACCGAUCCCCGAGUAUCCUUUGCUCUCUACGUGCCACCAAACAGCUACAGUUCUACCCCGCAGAAGAAGCUCCCCUUAGUCGUCUACGUCCAUGGCACCAGACGCAAUAUUUCACCAUUAUUUAGCCAAGAGUUAACGGCAUUUGCUGACUCGACCCCUUGCGCGAUUCUCGCGCCGGUUUUCCCCACAGGGCUCGACGGCCCCAACGAUCUACUCUCCUACACGACCCUCCGGUCCCAAACCCUACGUUCCGACUUGGCUCUUCUCGCUAUUCUCGAUGAGAUAUCGGUUCGAUGGCCCGGAAUCAAUGCAGAAAAAGUUUUCAUGAUGGGGUUUUCUGCAGGCGGACAGUUCGCCCAUCGGUUUCUCUAUUUAUACCCAGAACGAAUUGUAGCAGCAAGUAUCGGAGCGCCAGGCCAGGUGACUACUUUGAACGAUCAGAAAGACUGGCCGAUCGGUGUUGCUAAUAUCCACGAUUUAUUCGACCGGCCAAUCAACAAGGAGCUCAUCGGCCGUGUCCCUAUCCAGCUGGUUGUCGGUGACCAAGAUACGGGUGUCCAUGGCGGCGACGAAUUUCGGACUUGGGUUAGGCAGUUUGUAAAAAAACGAGAAGAAAAAUCCGAAACGAAAACGGCCCUUCCAGCCAUGAAACAAGGAAGAAUGGAAAGUUUGAAGAGCCUGCAAGAAACAUGGCGAGAAGACAAAAUCGACUCACAGCUUGACGUGGUCCCGGGUGUGGUUCAUUCGUCGGCAGGCGUUCAAGCUGAUGUGUUGAAGUUCUUGGGACCCCAGAUACAAAGCUGGCUUGAAUCUCAGAGUCGUAGUACUGAGUAA